AUGGACGUCGUUCUCGAGGUCUUCGAUACCUUUGUCUUUGACUUCCUAUACGCGACCGCUCUCCCGCUCUCCGCGGCAUCCAGUGACGUCGUGUCCAAUGUCUUCAACGGUGUCAACUCGACCGCUGCAUCGGCCAUCGCGCAGGUCAAUGGCAAGGGCAAUGGAUUCGUCUAUACCCCGUCGACGGAGUAUUUCUCUCUAGAGCCCUUCCAGUCGGCGUACCAGUCUUCCCUGCCUCGAGAUAACGGCUUUCGUCAGGUCUUCAGUCUCUUCUUGAUCACAUGGGUCUUCGGUCUCGUGCUGUACUUCACCGUUGCAUCGCUCUCCUAUGUCUUCGUCUUCGAUAAAACCGCAUUCAACCAUCCAAAGUACCUCAAGAACCAAAUCUCCCAGGAGAUCGGACAGGCCAUGCACUCCAUGCCGCUCAUGGCUGUCCUGACUGCUCCCAUCUUCCUCAUCGAAAUAAAGGGCUACUCCAAGAUAUAUGAUACCCUCGAGGAGGCUCCCUUCCCAAUGUACAAUUACCUCCAGUUCCCGCUCUUCCUCCUAUUUACCGACUUCUGCAUCUACUGGAUUCACCGUGGCCUGCAUCACCCGCUCGUCUACAAGAAGGUGCACAAACCACACCACAAAUGGAUCAUGCCGACUCCCUACGCCAGCCACGCCUUCCACCCUCUCGACGGCUGGAGCCAGGGUCUCCCGUACCACAUCUUCCCAUUCAUCUUCCCGCUGCAGAAAUUCGCCUACGUUCUUCUCUUUGUCGCAAUCAAUGUCUGGACCGUCAUGAUCCACGACGGUGAAUAUGUUGCCAACAGCCCCAUCCUGAACGGCGCUGCAUGCCAUACCAUGCACCAUCUAUACUUCAACUACAACUAUGGCCAAUUCACCACCCUCUGGGAUAGACUGGGUAACAGCUACCGUAAACCAAAUGACGAGCUGUUCCGUCGCGAGACCAAGAUGGGACAGGACGAGUGGAACCGACAGGCCAAGGAGAUGGAGGAGAUGGUCAAGCAGGUCGAGGGUAGCGAUGAUCGAACCUAUGAUAGCGGAGAGACCAAGAAGGAUCUCUAG